AUGCAAAAAUCGACUCUUUUUAAUAUGCCAGCAUUUGAUUUUCCAAAAACCGUCUUGAAAUCAAAGGAGUUACAACUAACUUCCUUAGUAAUUCUGGGAAUACUUACUUAUCGUUUCAUUAGUAGUCGUCAUAUUGGGAAAGACCAGAAGACUGUUGAGAGCCGAAUGCGUCGAAAUCGGCGAAAGGAUCCUGAUAGAACCAAUAUUAGACCGUCAGGACACGGACCAGAAACAUAUGAUCCCCGUAUAGAUUAUGAUGACCUCGUGUGGCAACUAUAUUAUGAAUCGCAUAAGGGAGAAGAGGAAGCUGAAGAAUUAAAAAGAAUGAUGGAUUCAUUGGGAAAGUGA